AUGGCCUGGGGCUGGUGGACAUCGUCUCCAAGCGGCGAAACCAAACCAGAAUCUCAGCCCCAACAACUCCAACCCAUACCCCAGACCUCACAACCACCAUCACCACCAGCAUCAACAACCCCUUCGCAACCUCCCAAAGACUCCAACGACAACACCAGCAACAACAACGACGACUUCAAUACCGCAUUCCCCCACCUCGCACCUCCACCGCCCUCCACCGAACCCACCACCCCGCACGACCCCCUCCUCCCAAGCACAAUGUCCUGCCGCGACGCCUUCGACUCGGCCUUCUACUGCUCGUCCUUUGGCGGGCACUUCAACGACAUCUACCGCUUCGGUCAGCUACGCUCGUGUAGUGAGCAUUGGGCGGAUUGGCGGUUCUGCAUGGGGAUCAAGACUAUGAGUGCGGAGGGGAAGGUGCAGGCGAUCCAGGAUCGGUAUCGAAAGAAGGAGGAGAAGAUCAAGGCGGGGCCUAAUAGCGAGGAUGUGUGGAGUGUGAGGGGGGAGGGUGAGAAGGUGGAGAAGCCUUUUGGGAGGGCUUCGGAGUGGUGA